AUGCUCAGGACCGCAGGAAGAGUCCGGUCGCUGCACCUUGGCAAUGUUUUCAAGCAGUCGGAGCAAUCGUACACGUUGAGCAAGAAGUUCGACCACCCACAAUCGCUUGUGUACCAGCUGAUCUCGGAGGUGGACAAGUACCACGAGUUCAUUCCAUACUGUACAGACUCGUUCGUGCGAGCGCGAGACGAGAACUCGCAGCCAACCACGGCGGGACUGCGUGUGGGGUUCCGUGAGUUCGAGGAGGAGUUCACGUGUGAUCUGCAGUGUAAGAAACCCGAGCUGGUCGUGGCAAAGUCCAUCACCCACUCUCUGUUCAAGUCCUUGCUCACCGAGUGGACCGUGCACAGCCUUGGGAACGAACAUUGCAAGGCUGUGCUACGGUUGGAGUACGAGUUCAAGAACGAGCUUUACAACCAGAUGAGCUCGUUCUUUGCCACCAAGGUGGCCAAUCUGAUGUUCCGUGCGUUUGAAAAACGCGCGUACGAGUUAGCGCAUUCUAGCUCAGAAAAUAAAUAG